UCUUGUUUUGCACAUAAUUUUGCACAAAAUCCAGACAGUUGCACAACUUUUUAUCUACGGUUUCCUCCAGACGAGAGAAGAUGGACGACACGUACGGGGAGAGAACGUCUCUGAGCCGAGGCGCUCGCGACAUCGCCAAAGAGGCCAAACGGCACGCGGCCAAAAAAGUCAACAAGGUGAUAGACCGGGCCUCGGACGAAUACUCCGGCCGCACCUAUCACCGUUUCGACAACGACGAAGAAGACGAGGGCGGCGAUGAUGAGCGUUACCACUACCAGGACGGUGAGGCGCAGCAGCACGAGGACGACGAAGGCUCGAGCGAUGCGACAGAAGGCCAUGACGAUGAAGAUGAGAUCUAUGAGGGCGAGUACCAGGGUGUGCCCAACAAAGACGCUCAAGGCGGGGUGGCGCUCGGGCGCCCGGUCGCUGACGGGACGAAGGACCGGCGAGAGCUGCAGAAGGAACGGGAGGCGGAGGAAGAGGAGCUAGCACAACAGUACGAACUGAUCAUUCAGGAGUGCGGACACGGGCGGUUCCAGUGGCAGCUCUUCUUCGUGCUGGGUUUGGCCCUCAUGUCCGACGGUGUGGAGGUUUUUGUGGUCGGAUUUGUGCUGCCCAGUGCCGAGACGGACAUGUGUGUGCCCAACUCUGGGGCCGGCUGGCUAGGUAGCGUGGUGUACCUGGGCAUGAUGUUUGGAGCGUUUUUUUGGGGCGGCCUGUCGGAUAAGGUGGGCCGAAGACAGUGCCUGCUGGUGUGCAUGUCGGUCAACGGCUUCUUCGCCUUCCUGUCCUCGUUCGUGCAGGGUUACAGCACGUUCCUCUUCUGCAGGAUGCUCUCCGGGUUCGGGAUCGGCGGCACUGUACCCAUCGUGUUCUCAUACUUUGCUGAGUUCCUGGCGAGGGAGAAGCGUGGCGAGCACCUGAGCUGGCUCUGCAUGUUCUGGAUGAUAGGCGGCAUUUAUGCCUCGGCCAUGGCCUGGGCCAUCAUCCCGCACUACGGAUGGAGCUUCAGCAUGGGUUCUGCGUAUCAGUUCCACAGCUGGAGAGUGUUUGUGGUGGUCUGUGCCCUGCCGUGCGUCUCUGCAGUCGUCUCGCUCACAUUAAUGCCCGAGAGUCCACGUUUCUACCUGGAGAAGGGGAAGCAUGAUGAGGCAUGGAUGGUGCUGAAACAAAUCCAUGAUACCAAUAUGCGUGCACGUGGAGAGCCUGAGAAAGUCUUUACCGUGAACCGAAUAAAGAUACCAAAGCAGUUGGACGAGUUUGUAGAGAUGCAGUCGGAGUCGGCGAACCCUGCGGCUAAAGUUCUCUUCAGGAUUAGGAGUGAACUUCGUGGAAUCUGGUUAACGUUUUUGAGAUGCUGGGAUUAUCCUGUGAAAGACAACACAAUGAAAUUGGCUAUAGUGUGGUUCUCUCUGUCUUUUGGGUUCUACGGUUUGUCCGUGUGGUUUCCUGAUGUUAUAAAGCACCUGCAGGCGGACGAAUACGCGGCGAGGGUGAAGAUCCACAACAACGAGCGCAUCGAAGACUUCACCUUCAACUUCACACUGGAGAACCAGGUGCAUUCUAACGGGGCCUUCAUCAACGACAGGUUCAUCAGUAUGAAGUUUAAAUCGGUUACCUUCAAAAACUCCGUCUUUCAGAACUGCUACUUCGAGGACGUCACUUCGGUCGGGACAUACUUCAAAAACUGCACCUUUCUGGAUACGUUCCUCUAUAAUACAGAUAUCGACGACUCCAAACUGAUCGGGACGUCUGUGAUAAACAGCACAUUUGCACACAAUAAGACCGGCUGCCAGAUCACCUUCGACGAUGACUACAGUGCUUACUGGGUGUACUUCAUCAACUUCUUGGGUACCCUGGCUGUGUUGCCAGGCAACAUCGUCUCCGCUCUGCUGAUGGAUAAAGUUGGGAGGUUGAGCAUGCUCGGAGGCUCGAUGGUGCUGUCGGGUAUCAGCUGUUUCUUCCUGUGGUUCGGUACCAGUGAGUCGAUGAUGAUCGCCAUGCUUUGUCUCUAUAACGGUCUCAGCAUAUCCGCCUGGAACUCUCUGGACGUGGUCACGGCUGAGCUCUACCCUACUGAUAGGAGGGGCACCGGGUUCGGCUUUUGUAACGCCAUGUGUAAGCUGGCGGCCGUGUUGGGUAACCUGAUCUUCGGCUCCUUGGUGGGCAUCACUAAGGCCGUCCCUAUUCUCCUGGCGUCGUGUGUGCUGGUGGGCGGUGGCCUUGUGGGACUUCGGCUCCCGGACACGCGUUCCAACGUCCUAAUGUGACCUCUGACCU